GUAAACAAAAAUCAAAUCAAAGAGAGAUAGAAAAUGGAGAAGAUCUGUGUAGCAAUUAGAGUGAGACCACCUGUCAUUGUAUCUGAAGACACCACCAUCAAUGGAACCUACUGGAAAGUGGAAGAAAAUCGCAUCUCUCUUCACAAAUCUCACGGCUCUCCUAUCUCCGGCGUCUCUUAUGCCUUUGAUCACGUGUUCGAUGAGAGCUGCACAAACUCUAGAGUUUACGAGCUCCUUACCAAGGAUCUCAUUCUUGCUGCUGUUGACGGUUUUAACGGAACGGUGUUCGCUUAUGGACAGACUAGCAGUGGAAAGACGUUUACGAUGAACGGUUCUCAAAACGAUGGAGGAAUUAUUCAUCGAGCUGUUAAAGAUAUUUUUGAAAAAAUUCACAUGAUUUCCGAGAGAGAGUUUCUCAUAAGAGUUUCGUAUAUGGAAAUUUAUAAUGAGGAGAUUAAUGAUCUUUUUGCUGUUGAGAAUCAGAAAUUGCCAAUACAUGAGAGCUUGGAGCGCGGCGUGUUUGUUGCAGGACUAAAGGAGGAAAUUGUGAGUAAUGGUGAACAAGUGUUGAAGUUAAUCGAAGGAGGAGAAGUUAAUCGACACUUUGGAGAGACGAACAUGAAUGCUCGAAGCAGUAGGUCUCACACGAUUUUUAGAAUGGUGAUUGAAAGUAAGAGGAAGGAUGCCAAUUCUUCUAGUGAUUAUUCGAGUAGUGAUGCUGUCCGAGUUUCUGUGUUGAACUUGGUAGAUUUAGCUGGAUCAGAAAGGAUAGCUAAAACUGGUGCUGGUGGUGUACGUUUAAAAGAAGGGAAGUAUAUUAACAAGAGUUUGAUGAUUCUUGGUAAUGUAAUAAACAAACUAAGUGAAGGUGCCAAGCAGAGGGGGCACAUUCCUUAUCGUGAUAGCAAGCUUACUCGUAUACUUCAACCUGCUCUUGGUGGAAAUGCCAAGACUUCAAUUAUAUGCACUGUAGCCCCAGAAGAGCUUCACAUUGAGGAAACAAAGGGAACUCUCCAGUUUGCUAGUCGAGCUAAGCGCAUCACCAAUUGUGCCCAAGUGAAUGAGAUUUUGUCAGAUGCAGCCUUGCUGAAGCGGCAGAAGUUAGAGAUAGAGGAGCUGCGUAAGAAACUUCAGGGAUCCCGGGCUGAAGUACUGGAGCAAGAAAUUUUGAAGUUGAGAAAUGAUAUGCUGAAGUACGAAUUGGAGAGAGAAAAGCUUGAGAUGGAACUGAAAGAGGAGAGGAAAUCACACAAGGAACGUGAUCAAUGCAUCAAAGAGCAGCAGAUGAAAAUUGACAAUCUCAGUACCAGUGCCUCCUUUUCAGAUAGUGAUAGGAACUCUAUCCAGGAACAGAAUGCUGGGAGACAAAUCCUCAAGGAAGAAUUCAGUGGCAGCAACAGUGUCUUCAAAAAUGAUGUUUUCAGAACCCCUACAUUAAAGGCAGAUUCCAAUGCCUUUGUUGGCAAACGGUCCAAUUACUCCAGGCUGCCAGAUUUCAGUCCUCUACCAGAUAACUAUAGCAAUGUGGCCGAUGAAGACACAUGGUUGAAAAUGAACAAAGGAUUCAUCGCUGACCUUGAUUCAAUUCAAAUGACUCCUGCGAGAAAAGUUCAAUCCUUUCCUUUUGGUGAUGUUACUCUAGGUUCUUCAACUGAGGAUUACAAAGUAGAGGUCCAGAAUCUCAAAAGGCAACUAGAACUUGUCCUUGAAGAGAAGAAUGAACUCGAGAAGAAGCACUUAGAACAAUUACAGUUGAAUGAUCAUUUAAUGGGGGAGAUAUCAGAACUCAAACAUGAAGCAGUGGUAAUUCGAGAAAUACCUCAAAGACUAUGUGAAUCUAUGGCUAGUUGCAGAGACACUUACAAAGAUGUUCUGUUAACGUUGCAGAGUUUUGUACCUGAUGGAGACUCUUCAAUUGGAAAAUUCCUAUCUACCACAAGUGAAAUUGGCUUAACCCUUUUCUCAAAUUUGGAAAAGCGUUUCUCUAUGGCAAUGGAUGAUCACAAAUCUUUUAAUGAGAAUGAUUCUCUGGUCCAAGAAAACUGCGAAGUGCUUUCUGAAAGAUUGAAAAGCACAAUUACAUCCCUGGCAUUAGCAGAAAAACUAGCUGUUCAGAAUAAAGAAGAGAAGAAUCCAAUAUGCGGCUCCACAUAUAAGGAAUGCACUCUGGGAGAAGAACCUGCUUCUUGGAAGGAGAAACUGGGCAGUGAACUUGGUGCUAUCAAGGAAAAACUCCAAGCCUUGGAGAAAGAGUUAGAACAUAAUAACCAGCUUCUGAAGGAUUCAAGAGAAAGACAUGAUACCAUGGAAAGAGAUUAUUGGCUUUUGAAAGAAGAAAGAGAUUCUUUGCUUGAAAAGGUCUCCGAGUCAUCUCAAAACCUAGCAGCGGUUGCCCUUCAAAAGGAAAACAUUUUGAAGGAUUUGAACAUUGAAGCAGAGAGAAGGAAAUAUCUCGAGAAAGAGAUCAAACAAUUCAGUGUUGCUUUUGCCAGUCGGCAGAGAUCCUUCAUGUCUUUCCAAGGUGAAUUUCUAUCUAAAGUUGAGAAAUUGAGAGCCCAAAGUCCAAUUGCAGCAUCCGAAUCUCUUGGGUGUUGAAAAUUCAGUUUCGACUGCUUGUUAGUUUAUUCUGUAUUUCACAUGGUUCUGUUCAUGUUGCUUCCCAUUUACUUGCGUUGAUUUCUGUCUGUAAUUCUACACAUGAUCUUCUGAGUUUGGAUGUCCUUAGGAACUAAAUCAUGCAGUUAUGAGAGACAUUUAGUCA